AUUUGUUCGUUUUGUGUGUUUUUUUUUGUCAAUCUAUCGUAUGUUUUAUACUGAAUUUUGAAUGAAGUGUUAAAGUUUUAUCCAAAUUUUUCCGCGAUAAACUGAUAUGUCAAGUGUGCUUAUAAAUAUUUUAAAUCAUAAUUAAAUCCAUUCAUAAUGGAAAUGCUAUAUGCUGUUCAUAAAAAACCCGGCACACAAAAUAAUCAACAAAUACUCGACUCAUUUUUCAAUAAUAACAAAAAUCGAAAGCCGACAUUGUGCACCGUAUCCACUCGCAACGUGAUUGCCUACACAACAGACUCAGAUAUUAAUGAAACCGAUGGGAACCAUUUGAGCGGAUUUUAUGUUUAUUUGGCCGAUUUAAAUACACCAUGGCUUACAUACAGGGUCACCACCAAUAAAUUCCCCAUUUCAAUUUUGGAUUGGGAUAUUUUGGGCAAAUAUCUUUUGGUUGGUGAUAUAUCCGGUAACAUUCAAAUAUUUGUACAAAAAGAAAAUCUUCUGUCCGAAUGGAUUCAGUACUAUCAUGUUCGUUUACCGGGCGAACAUAUCAUCAAAGCGGCUUUUUUUCAUAAUGGACGAAAGUUAGUACUUCAGCCGGAUAAAAAAGAUAUUACAAACUAUAUGGACAAAUUUCAACGAGCCAAAUUUUUACCAAGUUGCCGAUCAUUUGGUGGCGUUCCAGCCGAUGGUGUUUUAGUUGUUACCGCAACCGGUUUGCUGGGUGCAUUCUUAAUACCGCCUGAUUUGCCAAAUCUUAAUAAAUUAGCCACAAGUCUUAGUCCACCAACUUUACCUCAAAUAUUGACACCGGUUACACAAAGUCUGGGACGCACAAGAAAUUUUAUUACAAUCGCCGACAUUUGCUAUUCGAAAAAUGGAAAUUUCAUGUUGGCUGUGGCCAAUGGUACAAUUGAUAAUCCAGCGUCCACAAUGAUUCAUUGUUAUCGUGUAUCGAUUAAGAAACAAAUGGACAACUUAAUAUUGUCCAGCCAAAGUUUGCCCAGUUUCUUUCUAACGGGCGGAGCAGCCAGAGAUAUACCAGACAUUUCAAUCACUCAUUUGAGAUGGAUAUAUAGUGAAGAUUCCGAUUCAUUGUUGGUCGGUACUAAAACGCCAUCCGGUUGUUUCAUUGAAUUAUGGGGUUUAAUGGAAAAAGCGACACCAAUCCAUUCGCAUUUCAAACACUUGUUCCAGCAACCGAAUAAAACCGAAGUGUUUAAAACAUUUGUUUGGACGCAUCAAGUAAAUUAUCGUUAUUCAAGUCGAAUUAUUGAUAUUUGUGCAUCAAAAUUUCAAUAUGGAUCAUCAUCGUAUAUUUUUGUAUCGAUGGCCGACAAUACAAUACAUUGCUUGCACCGUGACACCUUGAAACGAUUAACAAAUGCAUCGCUUACGUGCGUGUGGCGCAAUGAAAACGACCACGUAUCAAAGCAAACGAAAAUAGAUAGUACAAUUGUUGCGCACGAUAUAACCUGGAUGGGUCAUUUAUUACUUGCUGUCGAUGCCGAAGGUCAAUUGUAUACUUAUCGUGUUUCCUAUCCACAUCAAGAACAGGCCGGUGGCCAAUUAUCCAUAAAUUAUGCGGUUUCAUUGCUUGAAUAUUGUUUAGUUGGCGGUUAUGAUGCGCUCGACGUAUUUUUAAUACUUAAAGUACAGCAACUUGACGCGAUUAUCGAUCGUUUGACGGAAAAUUUUACGCGUCAACCAGCGUUUGUUCAGCAAUAUUUCUAUGUGAAUUUCUUUGCCAUGAAAAUGAAUUUGUAUCGACUUUCGGUGUCUGGUCUUCCGAAAGCACAUGAUUUAACAUCAUUUUUGAUGUUACACUCGAUUUUAAUUGGUUUCAAAAGUUUACUACGACCUUCAGUGCUGUCAAGUCAUGAUAAAGGACCGGCUGAAAAUCUAGCAAUGGUUUUAUCCGAAUCGGUACCGGCUGAUAUUGAUCGAUUGUUGUUGGGACUUGAAGUAAAAGAAUUUUCUGUUGAAGCUUCAACGCUGCAAAGUUUACAGCAACUCAUUCAAUGGGUUGCCGAUUUGGCAUUGAAUAUUUUGGCAAAACUUCCCGAUAGCCGUGGCAUGAGUGGAAUGAAUCGGAGCACCGGUUAUGACAUUAGCAAAGAUAUCGUUGCAUUGAAUAGCAUUCGGGAAUUGUUGGUUGUGAUGCGCAUGUGGGGAUUGGUUCGAUCACAAUGCUUGCCGGUAUUUUCACGUUCUGCCGAAAACCUCGAUGUAUUGGCCACAUUGUAUAAAUUAUUAACACGUUUAACUUUAAAUCCAAACGAACCUGAUGAAGUGUUACUCGACGAAUGUUGCUUGCUGCCAAGUCAAGUGCUCAUUCCACAACUUCAACUUAUCUCAUCUCAGUACUGUAUAGCAUCGCCAAUUAUGUUUUAUCUUACAAAUAGCAAUCUUCCACUACGUUUUGAAUACAAUACAGAACCGAAUUGCUUGAAAUUGAAUUCCGAAGUUGCACCGAAUGAAGGUGGCAUGUCAGAAAAUAUUGUCGAUUCCAUUCGUCACAUACAAUUGGGGAAAAAGCCAGGUGCCGUUCGACGAUGCACAAGAUGCGGUGCUUACAGUAGUUUAAAUAGUGUGGCACGCACACCGGCCAUGCGAUCAUGGGAAUUACGUUGGUCAAGCGGAUGCCGUUGUGGUGGUUUUUGGCGUCUUUAUGUCAGCUAAAUUCUGUAAUGUCUUUCAUCUAGAUUUAAAUAAAUUUUAAACUAAAUAUUUAAUAUUAUGACAAAUUCAUGUACUUUAUUUUAACUGUUCAUUUACAACAUGCCACGAGUAAUUUUGUUGGAAAUUAUUCGUUAAAUAAAUGAAAAUCCGUUGCUCUAUAUCAAAUUGAA